AUGUGGGCCAUGAAUCAGGACAAGCAGGUGGAUCUACUGCAAGGGCAGCUUGCUCCGACCCCCUCUAGCUCCGAGACCGAGACAGGCGAAAGAAGGGUACCGAUCAAGCUCCAGGAGACCGACCGAGUCGGACAAUACCUGCUCACCACCGAAGAUGCCAACCUGCUGAAAGAAGUGCUCUGGCACAAUGCGUACUUGGAGAGAUCGGGAAUGCCGGAGAAACGUCGCUUUCGCUUUCGAGACUUGGAAUUUACUCGGCAACUCAGCACCUUGGAUCGCCAGAACCCCAAGUUCACGUCCUCACAGUUCCAUGGCUUUUUCACGCUUUUCUGGUUGGGAGUGGCCUUGUUGUUGGUCAAGGUUGCGGCUAAUAACUGGCGAAUCUACGGGACCAUCUGGGGCAAGACCGAGAUCAUUCGGCUGAUGUUUCGUAAGGAUGUGCUGGCCCUGGGGCUGACCGACUUGGCCCUUUGCUUGUCGACCGUAUUCUGUCUUGAACUCCAGCGAGUCAUCCGGCGCGGAACCUUGCGCUGGAGUGGCCUUGGCUGGGUGAUCCAGAAUAUCUGGCAAACUGCAUACCUUGCGGGCUUUGUCUGGUGGACAUAUUAUCGGGACUGGCCUUGGACACAUACCGUGUUUAUAGUCCUGCAUUGCUUGACGAUGUUGAUGAAACAACAUAGUUAUUCAUCUUAUAAUGGCUACUUAUCCGAAUUGUACAUCAAGCGUGGUCUGUUGAUGACAAGACUUUGGCAGCUAGAGAAACAACUCGACCACCAUUCAUCAUCUACCGGGCAUGCCUCUGCAGUCCACACCGACCUCGAUUCUGAGCUCACCCGCCUGGAGCGGCAGGAUGAGAACCAGCGCUCAGCGGCCAUGAGAGACCUUGAUGGGACUCACGACACCGACCACCUCCUGUCGAUUGCUGAAACCAUCGAGCAUGGCACACCUCUCGAGUGCUCACAGAUGAGAUCACUCAAAGCGCUCUUGGAACGGGAAAUUGAGCUGUUGUCAGAAGGGCUCCGGGGUCAAUCCUCAUCUUCCAACCAUUACCCCUGCAAUUUGACGCUGAGCAAUUUCUGUGAUUUCAUUACCUUGCCCACACUAGUCUAUGAACUUGAAUAUCCGCGGACAGAGAGAGUGAAUUGGGCCUAUGUUGCCGAGAAAACAGCUGCCACCUUCGGUACCAUCGUGGUCAUGAUUGUCGUUUCGCAAAAUUGGAUAUAUCCGGUCGUGAUGUCGACCGUGCGCAUGAAAGAGGAGGGGCUCACUGUACAGCAGAGGCUCCAGGAGUUCCCCUGGGUCUUAAGUGACUUGCUGUUCCCCUUCAUGAUGGAGUACUUGCUAGCUUUUUAUGUAAUCUGGGAGUGCGUGCUCAAUGCUCUGGCCGAGAUUACCCGAUUUGCAGACCGUGGCUUCUAUGCAGACUGGUGGAACUCGGUCUCCUGGGACCAGUUUGCUCGCGAUUGGAAUCGUCCGGUGCACAGUUUCCUGCUGCGACACGUCUAUCAUAGCUCUAUCAGCUCCUUCAAAUUGUCCCGGGUUUCUGCCAGCCUGAUGACGUUCUUUCUAUCGGCGUGUGUUCAUGAACUGAUCAUGCUGUGUAUUUUCCGGCGACUGCGAGGCUAUCUGCUCUUCCUCCAAAUGUCGCAGCUGCCGCUCGUCUCGUUGAGUCGGACACGCCUUAUGCGUGGCCGUCGACUUAUAGGGAACAUCUUCUUUUGGCUGGGCAUCUUCACGGGGCCGAGUCUACUUUGUACUCUUCUGCAGAUGAGGAGCCACUCAGCCAGCCGCAAUCCUCGUACCUUGAGAACUUCGUCGCUUACCUUGGCUAUGUUAUCUUGGGAGCAGGAGCUGGGGACGGUCAAUCACGUUUUGCCGAGACGGGGUGACCCCACGUUGAUCUUAUUGUUCUUCCGUGACUUCCCCACACCCGGCGAUAUCCUUUUCUUUUUCUCAUCUCGAGUUCCCACGAUGGCAUCCAAUCCACCGGCGGCUUGCUGCACUGUUGGUGUAAAGCAUGAAGGCGAAGCUCAAGGCCAGUUCCAACAGGUUGGCGAUGUGGAGGCAUACAUCUCGCUCCCGGCUGAUCACUCCACUACACGCGCCAUUCUGCUACUUACUGAUGUGAUCGGACACCGAUUCAUCAAUGCCCAGCUGAUUGCGGAUCAACUGGCAGCAAAUGGCUACUUCGUUGUCAUGCCGGACCUGUUCCACGGUGAUCCGGUACCGCUCAAUCGCCCAGAUGGGUUCGACUUGAUGGCCUGGUUAAAAGGUCCGCCCGGACAUCUGCCUGACCGUGUGGAGCCGGUGGUGCAAACUGUGUUCCAGGAAAUGAAGGCUAGCCUGGGCUGUGAGCGAAUCGGUGCAAUUGGAUAUUGCUUUGGAGCCAAGUACGCUGUCCGUAUGCUCCAGCCCGGGGGUUGUGAAGUCGCCUAUCUCGCCCACCCGAGCUUCGUGGAGACCGAUGAGCUGGCAGCAAUCAAGGGCCCUCUGUCUAUUGCUGCAGCCGAGACUGACUCCAUCUUCCCUGCCUCGAAACGCUACGAGUCCGAGGACAUUUUGGCCAAGACGGGCCAGCCGUAUCAGAUCAACCUCUUCAGUGGCGUGCAGCAUGGGUUUGCCGUCCGAGCUGAUGUCUCCAAGCCGAUCAGUCGAUUCGCCAAAGAGUCGGCCUUUUCCCAGGCGGUGGCAUGGUUCAACCAGUACCUUUAG